GGCUCUGAAGUGUGAGUAUCCUUCGUGCACUCGCGCAGUAUAGUCUCUUGAUUUCGCCUCUGCUCCCAUAUCGGGUCGUCUCAACCCUCGGAGAUCCGCUCAAGCCACGGAAGAAAAGGAGAACUGCUUUGCGGACUUACUAUACCAGGCUGCAAUUCUCGUGUUCCGGGCAUCUUACCACUCACCGCUCCGACCCGUGGUUCUCUUUCUUUCUGCAGAGUCUUGCUUUCCUCUCCCGCAAGCAUGUCUUCUCGCCGUGGACAAGUCCUCCACAAUUGGUUCACUCCGGGAGAGGGCAUUGACAGAUACGUGAUCUCUGCGGACAUCCAAAGGUACCUUGGAAACGAUGCAACUGUCCGUCCCGGAGUUGGAACCGGGGAGUUCAACGGUGUCCCGGGCUACUGGAUCAAGGCUUUUCGCAACCUCACAUCUACAAUGAUUGAAGACCUCAAGGCAAACACAGUGCGAUGGAAUCAAGAGCAGCGUCACAACGGUGCGGGAGGCCAAUACGUCGAUUCGUCCACUUUCGCCCGGAAUACAGACCAGGCAGAUGACUAUCCCAUGCAACCGCAAAGGCACGGCGGCCAGAUGAGACACCCCGGAGAGCCCAUGCAAAUGGACCCACGCGCGCAAAACCAUCCCGGCCAGAAUUACAACCCGCAGGACAAUCGCGGCCAGUUCUCUCCCGACCAAGGCCAUGGCGGUUACCCUCCGCAAGGCAUGAACCAGCCAUUCUAUAUGCCGGAUUCAAACAUGUAUGGCCAGCCCGAUAGCCAGGGUCGCUAUGAUGUGAAUGCGCACCCCCAGGACAGAGCGGGUCAGCGUGGCCCUCAUCCCCCAGGGCCACCGCCGGGAUAUAGGCAAGACGGGCAGCACUACGUUGCCAUCACGUCCGGAUAUGGACAGCCCGGGAUGAUGGCGACGAGCGGACCUGAUCCGGGAUACUAUGGCCGGCAGCAGCCCCAGCCUCAGCGUGGCCAGGAUCCGAAUCAAAGACCCGGCACUCAGCCUGGAUAUGGUGGCCAGCAGCAGGCGGAGUAUAAUAAUGGCUAUCCCAGCCCGGUUUCAAUGACCCAUGGACCGCCUCCAAGCUACCCGCCGCAACAACAGCAGCAGCAGCAACAGCAGCCUCAAUACGAGCGUGACCAAUUCGGUCGGCCCAUCCCGAAUCCCCAACAGCAGCAGCAGCAAUACCGACAACAGCCGGAUCAAGGAUACCCUCCGCAGGGCCGCGAACCCGAUUACGGAAUGCAACAACCACCACCUCCGCCGCCUCAACAGCGUGAUUCCGAUCGCGAACGUGAGCGUGACCGCGAACGAGAACGAGAACGGCAACGCCGCCAUGGCGGUAGGAGACACUAGGAGAUGCGGCUCACUACCUGCCACCGCGUGGAAU